CGUGCAUAAAACAUCACCAUUCUAUGUAUUCAUUUCCUGUACAUUUGAGAUCAGUCGAUAGUGCGAUGACGGCAUUGCUGUGUUGUGUCGAAUAAUAUAAAAACCCAAGAUGAACCGGUUAUAUUAAUACCAAAAUGGAGCCCCAGUGUGCAUACAUAAUUGAAUUCAAGAGCCUCGCUUCAAAUCUCUUAAUAUUUAAGAAAGGAGUGCAAUAUCCUGAUUAUGAACUGGACGUGAAUGUAACGCGUUCAAGGAUGACAUUUCUAGAACUGCCUUACCAGAAACGUCUCGCACGGGUGCAUGGGCCUAAGUUAUUGUUAGGGAAAGGCUACAAAAUGUCUAUCAACGGUGAGAAACUCAGAAUGCACCGCGAUAGCCACCGUAGCACAUGCUUAUGGUUUGACUUGCUCGAUAAGUCGCCUUGCGUCGUCGUGAAGGGUGGACAUGGGGAUGGAAGUACUUACAGAAUCACGAAUAUACUUACGAAUGAAAUACUAGCAACCUUCCAACCUUCUGGACCAUCAUACGGCUGUAUGAAUCUUAAUGCUGGUGGAUACGACAACCAAAACCUCAUUGCACUCUUCACAGCAAUGGCCAUAAUGAUUCGACUGGGAAUAGAUCGAACGUGAUAAGAAGAACCAUAAAACUCUAUCAGAGUAAUUCAUUGGUGACAACGCCUUUGGCUGGAUUAUAUCAAAUAAAUUUCUCCUUAUUCUAUAAUUAUUUUAUCGUAUACGUGUUGUCUUAUUUUUUGAAAGGAAAGAUAUAAAAUACAAUCUAACAGACCUCUAGGGUGGUAUUUGCAGCAAUAAUACUCAGAUCGGUUAUUUUUUAGGUUGUAAUUAUGAAUUUUCUGAAUACAUACUGAAAAUUAAGAUACAGAAUCCCGCCCAAAUAAAGUUGAAUUCAAAGGACUCUUCGAUUACCAGAUUGGCAGCUAUUUGCGAAGCUAAUAACCACGUGGAUUUCGAUCUAGGUCUCUGUAAUACAAUGCUAGCACUGAUGGAGUAGAUCUACAUAGCACCAUUGAAAGAUUACGUUAUGCUAUUAAGAUGACCAUCUACACCACUAGCUUUUAAUAUCUGUACAGAUACUGAAAUAUGAACUAUGUUUCCGAAUUGUCGCAAGGUCACGUGAAUGAUAUUCGCUUUUUCGAUUACAGAUCUUACGUCAUCACACAGCGUGACGAUGAAAUUGAAACAAUUUCAUGAUUACGAAUUAUUGAAUUCCUACAUUCCCAGCUGCUGACUCGUAAAUCAUUUCAAGAACACUGGAACCGCUUCGUUAGAAGUAUAAUUCAACGACCAUCCAAAAAUGGCUUUUAAAACUUUUUCCUUUGUUUGUCUCAUUUGUGACUUGUGUUAUGGACAAUUUGCCUUCGAAAAUGCCAGGAGUGAUGUAUCAAGGAGGUCUCCAAAAUAAGCUGCCAAUGUGAUUAUCUGCCGUCCGGCUGUUCGUCUAUCUGAUUAGUUGCUUUAUAAACAUAGUAGAUAAAGCUGAAGAAUCCAGAUAGUGAGUAAUGCUACAUUGAAGAGCCACUAUCGCUUCUGCUACUGCUGGAUCUUAUGUCUGUUUGUAUAUUUGCAUGACGUCAAAUAGAUAUGUACUGCAGAUCACAAUCCAAUGAAAGGUCAUGCCGAUAUGGUCAUGUAAAGCUCUUUGGCUUGCAUUCUGUUUCUAAAUGUCAUAAAGACCAAUAAUAUAGCAAACUAGAAAGCUGCUGCAAUUUCCAAAGACUGGACAAAAAACAAGGAUGUUCAAAUAAACUACAUGUAUGCCUAUUCACUUCUUCAGUCUUGGUACUAAUCGUAUGCUAUUCACUAUGAGAUACAGGAGUUAAAGGGUGCAAGUAUUCUACGAUGUUCAUUAUUAGAUGAUUUAUAGAAAAUAAUAUACCAUCGACUAUAUCUACUAAAUAAUUUAUUUCUAGUACCCAUUGAUUAACUACCAACGUAAAUUAACUUCAAUUGAAAGUGACAUGAAUCAUAAUCCAUUAGAAUUUGUGGAGAAAAAUAAGACAAAG